UAAAAAAAAUAGUUUUUUGUUUCUUUCACCGAUUCACUGUGUAUGUGAUUGAUUCAAUUUCUAUUAUAAUUAACUCUUUAGUCACUUCUUGCUUCUCACACUCACAUGAGUUGGUCCCUUUGCUUUUCUCUUUGGAACUUGGACCAACAAUCUCCAUGAGUCUCACUCAGCCAUUUAUCCCGUUACCUUGAAGUAAACUGCCAUUUUGAAAUUCCAAAGAAGUUAGAAGAAAUUGUUGUUGUUAUUAUUAUUAUUGUUGUUGUUGUUGUUUGGUUUCCCACGGUAUCCUUGCCCUGCUACUAAUCUUUUGCGGAUCGGAAUUCCAUUAAAGGUUUGCUGAGCAAUGCAUAAAGCGAGAUUCGUCAGACAGUUGCUUAAGCAGAUGAGUGAGCUAAGCUAACCACUCAACCAGCACAAUUUGGUUAUUCUUAUUUAUUAUUUAUCCCCAAAAGAGUUCUGGUAGCCUUCCCCUCAAGAGCCAUAGAAGUUGUCUCCAUGGCUAUGCCUACAAGGGCCCUCUUCCAGGAUUCGCUGCGAUCCAAAAGCACUCCACUCUUCAAAUUCAUGUUGUUCCUCUUUUUACUGUCUAUGGUGCUGGGACAUGAAACUGUUGAAGUGGAGCACUACCCGCUGGUUGUGAGUACUUGGCCGUUUGUUGAGGCCGUUAGAGCUGCUUGGAAGGCUGCUGAUGGUGGUUCAACAGCUGUGGAUUCUGUGGUUGAGGGUUGCUCAACUUGUGAGGAACUGAGAUGUGAUGGAACAGUUGGUCCGGGUGGAAGUCCAGACGAGAAUGGAGAAACUACAAUUGAUGCUCUGGUCAUGGAUGGGGCGACUAUGGAAGUAGGAGCUGUCGGUGCCAUGAGAUAUGUAAAGGAUGGUAUCAAGGCUGCUAGGUUAGUAAUGCAACAUACUGAGCACACAUUGCUGGUAGGAGAGAAAGCAUCGGCAUUUGCGAUAUCAAUGGGUCUUCCAGGACCCACAAACCUGAGUUCAUCAGAAUCUAUAGAGAAGUGGGCUAAAUGGAAAGCUAAUAACUGCCAACCCAAUUUCUGGAAGAAUGUCUUACCUGAAAACAGCUGUGGUCCUUAUCGCCCAACAAGUUACCUGGAGCAUACUGAUGAAACGUGCUUGAAGACUUAUGCGAUGCAAACUACUGAUUUAAGAUUUCUUGAUCUUGGUCAUCGGAUCCAUGAUACUGUAUCAAUGGCUGUUAUUGAUAGAAUGGGACAUAUUGCUGUUGGCACAUCGACUAAUGGGGCGACGUUCAAGAUUCCUGGCAGGGUAGGUGACGGUCCGAUAGUUGGAUCGUCUGCAUAUGCUAAUGAAGAAGUUGGUGCAUGCUGUGCAACUGGGGAUGGUGACAUCAUGAUGCGCUUCCUUCCAUGUUAUCAAGUUGUUGAAAGCAUGAGGUUGGGAAUGAAUCCGGAACUUGCUGCGAAAGAUGCAAUAGGGAGAAUAGCAAGAAAGUUUCCAGAUUUUAUGGGAGGCAUUGUUGCCGUUAACAAAAAGGGGGAACACGCCGGAGCUUGCCAUGGAUGGACAUUUCAAUACUCAGUGAGGAGCCCUGGAAUGAAAGAUGUGCAAGUCUUUACUGUGCUACCCUGAAAGGUACAACACUAUUCAAUAAAUUAGCCUUACGAUAUUAAGGUUAGUUAGUAAAUUGGGGACUAAAGUGUGAAAUAUCGGGAAUGUUAGAGAAUUUGUUGUUUUACUUGGAUGUGGGAGUAUUAUGCAAAUAUGCAAUACGCUAGGAGCGAAUUGCAAAUAAUUAUUAUAAAGUAUAAAAAUACUUGAUUUUGAAGUUUA